ACAAGAAAACACGAAAUAAAGGCAGGCUAAAACAAACCCAUAUGCGCGUUUAACUUUCUUGUUUUUUCUCUCUGUUUACAGCAAUUAGGCAUGCGGUAUAUCAACGUUUAUGUAUCUUUUCACAAAGAAAAAUAUCAAGAAACUAAGGGUCGGUAGUUUAAGAAAAAUAUCAAGAAACUAAGGGUCGGUAGUUUAAGGUGAAAAUAGGGAGGCUUUUUGUAUUGUUGAAGGUUAAUAGAUAUAGUGAAGAUGAGGAUUGUGAGAAAUAUUGAUUCUUCUGAGUGUAUUGGUCUCUGUGGAUUCUUGGUUGUGGAAGCUUAUCCUAAAAGGUAUUCUUCCAAGAUCCCCUCAGAUUUGGUCCUUUUCUUGGGCCUUGGUUUCAUAGACUGGUAAUAUUCAUAUAUAAAUCCAAAAAGAUUGAGUCUAUUGCAGAUAUGAUUUUCAUUUGAGACUAUGGAUUUCGUGAAUAUGUUUCAACUCUAUUCCACCUGUGUUUGGAGGGUUCAUGGAGAUUCUUGGUGGUUUGGAUUAGAUAUAGUCUUCAUCUAGCUUUUUAUUAAUUAUUUGAUCAUAGGUCAGGUAUUGUAAGUCUUACUUAUUUUGAAAUUUCCCUCUCUGUUUAUUUCUCUCUUGAUUUUCUUGAUAAUCUUGUUGCCGUUUUCAAUUUUAAUAUUUGCGGAGAGAAAAAGUUUGGUUUAGGAAUACAUUUUCCUUUUGACCUAGGGCUUGUAGAAUUUAGUUCAAGGGGUGUAUGUCGUUGAAAUACAGUUAUGAGAUGAAUAUAUUAAGAUUUCGAUGAAGCUGGGCAUUUGUAGCUGGGUUCAACAUGAUGGAGGUGUUUAUGAAGAUAGGUCUUUUUUUCAAAUUGUUUAUUGGUUUAAAGUUUAUAGAUACACCGUCGGCAAUUGAUAUAAGACAAAAGGGUAAUUCUUGAGAUGGAAGGUACUCUGCUAACAGCUUUGUCAAUGGAGAAUCAUCACCCUUCAACCCUCUUAUCCAUGGACUCAAGUGCCUCGUCUUCACAUGAAGAACUAGACAUCGAAAUGAAUCGCCAAGUUGUUUUAACCUGUCCGCCUGAUAUCAAUUUACCCCUUUCAGCUGAGCGAAGCCCCCCUUCACAGCCUUGGAACCCUGAACACUGUGAUCUUCUUGAUGUUGGACUAGGCUCCCAGAUGUAUGAGACUGAAAGUUUUCUCAGUGUCCCCAAAGUUGGGAGGAAAUGUGCAAAAAGGAUUGAUAGCAUCUGGGGUGCUUGGUUUUUCUUUAGCUUUUACUUUAAGCCCGUAUUGAAUGAGAAAUCAAAGGCAAAAAUAGUUCGUGACAGUAAUGGGGUUUCCGGGUUUGAUAAAUCUGAUAUCCAGCCCGAUGUUUUCAUGGUUCAGCAUGAUAUGGAAAAUAUGUACAUGUGGGUUUUCAAGGAAAGGCCUGAGAAUGCUCUGGGUAAGAUGCAGCUCCGGAGUUAUAUGAAUGGGCAUUCUCGUCAGGGAGAGCGUCCCUUUCCAUUUAGUGUUGAUAAAGGUUUUGUUCGAUCUCAUAGGAUGCAGCGUAAGCAUUAUAGGGGACUCUCAAACCCUCAGUGUGUUCACGGCAUUGAGGUGGUUCCAUUACCCAAUCUCACGAGUCUCGAUGAAGAUGACCGAAGAAGAUGGACUGAACUCACAGGGAGGGACCUGAACUUCACUAUUUUCCCUGAAGCAAGUGAUUUCAGUUCAUGGAGAAAUCUGCCGAACACUGAAUUUGAACUUGAGAGGCCACCACCUCCAAUAAAGAGCAGUUCACAUUCCCACUCAAAGAAAUUGCUUAACGGAUCCGUGUUAAAUCUUUCAACUCAGACAUCCAAUCACAUAAAUGCGGACGCGAUGGAUCUAUCACCCAUGAGCAACAAGAGGAAGAAGGAAUUCUUCUCACGGGGUAAUGAUGAUGAUUGCUAUUUGGAAAUAUCUGCUCCUCCCGAACGUAUCCUGGAUCUGGAAAUUCACCCAGACGAGCCACACUGGCUGAAUGAAUUUAGUGGGGUGCUGAGAAACGUCUAUGGACCUGUCACGGCUGCCAAAACAAUCUACGAGGAUGAAGAAGGUUAUUUGAUUGUAAUCAGCUUGCCUUCCGUUGAUCUUCAGAGGGUGAAAGUUUCAUGGAAGAACACACUCACACACGGAAUCAUCAAGAUCUCUUGCAUUAGUACAUCUCGCACACAAUUUAUCAAGAGACACAACAGAACUUUCAAGCUUACAGAUCCAUCAUCGGAACACUGCCCUCCAGGAGAAUUUGUCAGAGAAAUCCCACUUUCAACCCGAAUCCCUGAAGAUGCUAAUAUAGAAGCAUAUUAUGACGGACCAGGAACAGUGCUCGAGAUAUUGGUGCCAAAACUUCGUGCUGGGCCAGAAGAACAUGAAGUUCGUGUUUGCCUUCGUCCUCACCAUGCGGGCAAUGGACUUAAGUUGACAUAGAUAUGUACCUGAUAUGCAGUUGUUAUGAAUGGCUCUCCAUUGUGCAGUAAUGUCGUGUACUUAUUUUUGUAAACGCAAUUGAACCGAUUCUGCAUCUUAAACUCCUUGUAUCUGUUUCCGUAAUUGCUAUGGUUUUGUUCCAAUGUAUCUGACUAGCUUUGAUUAUUUCUCCUAUUGCUAUUGCCAUUAUAUUAUCAAUUAAUUUGUCA